AGAGAGAGAGACAGCAAAAGGGAAGGCACACCAGUCGAUUGAAAUCGGCAAGGUCUCGUCACCUCCACCUCCGACAUUUCUGCUCGCACGAGAAGGCAACUUGCUCUCUGCCCGCAUUCGAUAGCUCGUAGAUUUCUUCGUUCGCGGACCCGGAUUGUCUUUGUUCCGAACACUAGAAAAGCGGUUCUGUUCGUUCUUGACCAGCGGUACCACACCGGCACCACACCGACACCACACUCCAACGAAGCAAAGCCGGACUCGUCUUCGGUGGAUCACAUAGAUUCGGUGGCUCCCGCCUCGGCACAGAUCAUGGAAGGCUUGCCCCGAGACCACACGCCCGCGGACACCGGGUUCCCGGAUUCCUCGGCUCCCGGUGGCGCCAGCACCGACCCCCUUGAUCCCGCUCCCCCCCGGCAGGACCCCGCCGGAGCGCCGCCGGGGUCUUCGCCGGCCGGGGAGGAACGCGACGAAAGCAGCAACAGCAGCAACAGCAGCAGCAGCAGCAGCAACCACGCCAUCGGCUACGGCGACAACGAUUUCACCGCCGACUACAACCGCUCUCGGUUCCGAUCGGCGGCAAAAUACGCCAGGGCCGUGCUCGCGCUGGCCUCCGCCUUUGUGCUGGACCUCACCAGCGCGGGAAACACCACACUGGUCUCUGUGGCGGCCAGGGUCUCGCUGACCCUCUUUGCCUACGCGGUGGUGUACACGAGCGCAUCGAGGAUGCUCCUGAUGGCGAUUGCCUACCUGAUGAACCACGGCUGGUACCUCCUGGCCGCGAGCUGUGCCCUCAUCCUCCUGCUGGGCUGCGGGAUCCUGCUGGCGGUCUGCGAGUGGAUGUGGCGGUGGCAGGACCGGGCCCUCUCGGUCCUGGACCGGAACAACAUCGGCUACGACCGCCUGCGCUCCGUCAACGUCCUCGACGACGACGAGAUGGAGGACGGCCCCAGCCUCCGGGCCUGGGUCCGCCGCAUUGGCAGCGCCGUUUUCGCCUGCCUGGUCUGGUCGCUCUUCUGCGCCCUUUCCGCGAACGCCGACGCCUGGAUCGCGGACGCCUACAAGGGGGCCCGGCCCUCGGCCCCUUCGAUCGAGCUCCGCCUGGUGGGCUGCCUGGAGGGCCUCUUCCUCCUGGCGGGGGCCGCCCUGCUCCUCUACGUGGCGUGCCCGUCCUUUUACCGCCUGCACCUGCACCUCUCCCGCCCGGGGGCGCUGGGGACGGCGGCGGUGCCCCUGGCGCACGACGAACGGGGCCUCGGUUUCGGUGGGGGCCUCGAUUUCGAUUUCGACGACAACGACAACUACACCAUUACCGUCCGCGAGGACGAGGUGACCGUGGGCCGGGGGAUCCAGAACCUCAUCCUGUAGCUUUCGAAAAAAAAAGGCGAACGAAACGAAACGAAGGGGGAACAAGGACGCCGCGGGGAGCGGGAGGAGAUCUUUGGCAGCGGCAGAAGUGCCGCGGCGUCCCCCUUUUUGCCGCGGGCACGAGUGCAUGGCAGGCAGGCUUUCAGGCUGGCUUGCAGGCAGGCAGGCAGUUGGGCAACGAAGGAGCGGCGGGGACGCAAGGGGAUCGCAAGUGCCUCGGCGGCACGGCACGGCACGGUUGUUUGGCAUUCUAGAAACAAUUCGAAAAAGGUCCACAAAGCCGAGUGGCCAGGUGCUACGGAAUUUCGCGGGUUCGGCCUGCUGUAUUGCUGUUCACGCGCAUCACAAUGAGUACCGAGUAGAAAAAAAACCACAAACUAGAACGUACUGUAUACUACCA